AUGGCAGCGGCUGGAGUGAGGCCGUGUGUCAUCUCGCGACAACUGCGAGUGUCUCAUGUCUGUGUCUCAAAGAUAUUGAAUAGAUAUCAGGAAACCGGUUCGAUACGGCCCGGGGUGAUUGGCGGAUCCAAGCCAAGAGUAGCGACUCCUGAAGUAGAAGCAAGAAUAGAAGAGCUAAAGCGACAAAAUCCUGGAAUAUUCUCCUGGGAGAUCCGCGAGAAACUUUUGAAGGAAGGUGUAUCUGAUCCUCCCAGCAUCUCUUCCAUAUCUCGUCUCCUUCGCGGAGGCUCCAGGGAUCCAGAUGGAAAGAAAGAUUACAGUAUAGAUGGAAUUCUUGGAGGCCGGGGCUCAGAUUCUUCGGAUAUUGAGUCAGAGCCAGGCUUAACAUUGAAGCGGAAACAACGGAGAUCCAGGACCACAUUCACGGGCGAACAGCUCGAUGCACUUGAAAGGGCAUUCCAUAGAACGCAGUAUCCUGAUGUGUACACUCGCGAAGAACUAGCACUGCAAACUGGACUCACUGAAGCUAGGAUACAGGUGUGGUUUUCAAAUCGCAGAGCACGACUUCGCAAGCACACUGGUUCAAAUGCAGCUCCUUCACUAUCUAAUUACCCAUCACUACCGAUGCCACAAAUACCAUGUCCGUACCCUGCAGGCGAAAUACCGCCGCUAUCACAACAUCAUCCCCAACACCCAGACGCGUGGCAUCACCAGAAAUAUGCCAAUUACAAUCAACUGAUGGCUCAAUCUCAACACUUAAACCAAGCCUUUCAAGCUAGUUUUCCAAGCACUUCAAGUAGUACCUUUGGUCAUCUUGUUGCUGGUGUAAAUGGACCAUCUCAUAGUCAAUUAUUAGAAGCAAGUGCACCACGGAAUGAUUAUGGAAGAUAUGCAAGUACAGGUGAACUUUAUAAUAAAACCAUAAACUACAUGCAUAAAGAACUUGAUGAUGAUAAAGCGACAAAUGAAGAAGUGAUAGAACCAAGACAAGAUGAUAAUUAUGGUAAAAGUUCAGUAACUGAUUACAAAGAUUUAACUAGUAGUGAAUACCCAAAGGUUCCAACAGACUAUUCCAAAGUUACAGUCGAUGCUCCACCUCCUCAUUGGAGUCCGACUCACAACUCAUUGAACAUGGGACUUACUAGUCUUCCUAGUGACUACAAAUAUAUGAACGACCCUUAUUCCUUUUCAAACAUUCCAGACCCACUAAAUCAACAUAACUAUCCCAACCCCCCAAAUCCUGCAAAUAAAUACUGGAUUUGAAAAUACUGUUAGAACAUUUAAAUAAGAUUAGAACAUACAAAUUAGUAUUACUUUACUUCACGAGUACCUAACAUAGCAAUUAUUUAAGACAUUUAGUUCAGCUAAAUUAAUUUGUUUAGAAUAUAAUUUAUUUUAUUGUAUUAAAUUGUACUUUUUUAUUCUUUAUGAUAUAAAUAAUAAAUUAGUUUUUAGUUUUUAAUACCUCUGUUACGCAUUCCAAUAAAGAUUAUUACCUAU